CCUUUCUCAACCGCGACGAAAAGUUUCACGACUUGUUUUGGACAGCAGUUUUUUCUGUUCACGCUCACUAACAACCGAACCCUCGUUUGAUGCCGGAAUUGUUUUACGCCAAUGAUUUUUCCCCGCCUGCCUCUCUUAAAUCAUCGGAGGAGCACCAACGUCUCACCCUCGCUUCAGCACGCGAUUCUAAUGACUCGUCAGACUCACUACGCAACCUGGAGCUCUCGGAGGGACCUAUGUCAGAGAGAGGGCGGUCAAGAUCCUACUCAAUAACGGGCUUUGACUUCCAGCGCGACCUAUUACCCUUGAGCUCGAGUUUGAGUGAACCGGAUACCGGGGAAAGUGGGGAGAAGAACAUCACAUUGCUACAUGGUAUCGGACUCAUCGUCGGCCUUCAAAUUGGAUCAGGAAUCUUCUCCUCACCAGGAGUUGUAGUUGCGAAUACCCAGAGCGUGGGGGCUAGCUUGGUUGUAUGGCUUAUCUCUGGAUUGCUUGGUUGGACGGGAGCCAGCAGCUUUGCAGAACUAGGCUCCAGUAUACCACUGAACGGUGGAGCCCAAGCCUAUCUCGCGUAUGCGUACGGACCACUUCUAUCCUACCUGUUUACUUGGACAGCGAUCUCAGCACUAAAACCUGGUGGAAAUGCGGUCAUUAGCCUCAUCUUUGCUGAAUACCUGAACCGGCUCGUAUGGAACGCUGCUCAGGACGAGGUAGCACCAGAUGACAUUCCCCAAUGGGCCAACAAAGUUACUGCGGUAGCAGCAGUACUUGUCGUCGCCAUGAUUUGUGCAGCUACUCGAAAUUUGGGCACUAGGGCUUCUGUGGUGUUCACCACGGUGAAGGUCGCCGCCCUCAUAUUUGUGAUCGUACUAGGGAUGAUACAACUUAUCCGGGGAAAAGCAUCAGAAUCAUUCUCUCGGCCACUAUUCGAGGACUCGAGCCAUAGUCCAUCGGCAUAUUCAUUAGCUCUUUACUCUGGGCUGUGGGCAUUCGAUGGAUGGGAUCAGGCCAACUAUGUUGGAGGUGAGAUGAAAAACCCCAGUAAAGAUAUCCCAAGAGCUAUACAUUCAAGUAUGGCAGUUGUGAUGACACUUUUCUUAUUAGCGAAUGUGUCAUAUUUCGUGGUGCUAGACAAAGUUACUGUUGGUGUGAGCAACACGGUUGCACUGGACUUUGGUCGAGCGCUCUUUGGACCAGCAGGCGGUGUAGUUUUUGCUGUGAUGGUUGCCAUCUCUUGCUUCGGAGCAUUGAAUGGGAGUACCUUCACUUCUGCGCGCCUCAUCUGCGUUGCCGGACGAGAGGGAUAUCUUCCUGCAAUGUUUGGUCGCCUGAACAAGUCGAGGCAAACACCAGUCAAUGCGAUCCUCCUCCAAGCGGCCAUCACCAUUGUGUUCAUCGUCAUAGGAGGUGGAUUUCGGUCGCUGAUCAACUUCUCCGUUGUGGCGUCCUGGUCAUUUUAUUUCCUUACUGUUCUGGGCCUUGUCAUACUUCGUGUGAAGGAACCAAUGCUAGAAAGACCUUAUAAAGCAUGGAUUGUAACCCCGUUGGUGUUUUGUGCUGUUGCGCUAUUUUUGUUAUGCAUGCCAAUUAUCGCAGCACCGCUAGAAGCCAUGGCGGUUCUAGGCUUCGUGUUGGCAGGAAUACCGGUGUAUUAUUUGACGAAUCCGAAUCGUGAUCAAGCCAGUUUACCUGCCUUUCUUGGCUUUUUCAGUACUUGCGUUGCUAGAAUUAGAGGCCAACCGUCUGCGGGCACGGGAUGGGUGGCGGUGUCCACGGAGGGUGACGAGGUGGAGAUGCUUGAUAACCGGACUUCACGCGCACGUUUGAACAGUUAAUGAUCAGUGAUGACUAGACUAGUGGUGCACGAUCUUAGAUAUUGACCGUCGCUUCUUGUGUGUACACGACAAAUACCUGUUUCAGUACUAGGUAACGCUGGCUAUGC